AUGGGCCAGAAAGGCCCGCCAUCUAUAUCAAACCCCUCGUCUUUCAGGCUCAUCGCGGGUCAUUCGGGGAACGAUAGCGACGAGAACAAGAAGGAAAACAAGGAGACUGAAACCCCCGAAGAUGACAUAGAUAAAGAUCUAGAUGAGUUCUCCGAACAAGAAUACGCACAUCCCUCGGGCCAUGCUAUGUCAAUGCAAGGUACACUGCUACAACCUGCGCCCCCAACACUCGACAGCGAUUCGCGAUGGCAGGUUUCGGCGGAUGUCUUUCAAAAACUGUUCGAGAUGGCGGACAGGCUUGACUUGAAUGGCUAUAUUACGCCCGUCCAAGCGUGGAACAGGAUAAGGGAUCAUGAGAAAUUUCCACGAUUGAGUCGUGAGAAAUUGAAAACACUGGAGAACGCCAUGAGGCCUAAUAUCAGGUGUCAGGGAUUCGCAGCAAUUAUGGAAGAACCAAUCUUCGAGAUUUUGCUGAAUAAAGCUCUUGGUCCUUGA